AAUUUAUUUUAUUGAAGGCUUCAAUCACAAAAACACCACAAAAAAUCAAUACUGCAUCAACAUAAACAAUAUCAAUGUUUUUUUAAUACAUGUAAUCUUAAUGUGCUCCAUUUGUGUGUAUAGGGACAAAAGGCUAAGGCAUCAUCUUGCACAAAGGUACGACUCCCGCAGAGGAGUUUUUGAUUGGGACUAUCACAUGAAGCUUCAAGAAAUGGUCCCAUUGAUACGCAAUGAUGAGUAUAUACAAUGGAGAGAGGAAGGAGUAGCCUUUCACCUGCGUGAUGAUGCUCCUUACGACAUCAGUAACCGUACGCUUGCUAAUGGUGCUCUCCUUCACAAUAGAGAUGGAGAUCUUGUUGGUCAACGUGGAUAUUGGGGAGACGUUGUGACCAGUCCCUUCAUUGCAUUUGGAAGCUAUUGUGAUGAUGAGAGGAUGUUGAAGAAAGCAAAUGAUAAAUACGUGAAAAGCUCACAGGAGAUUAGUCAACAUAAUGUAUACUCUAUGUUUGAAUUACUUUUCACUGGGACCAGCUCUUCUUCCUCUAAUCCUGACUCAGGCAUUGAAGAAAUAACUAAUGACACUAUUGGUCGUUUGAUUGAUGGUUCAGUUAGAGUCACAUUGCUACCACUUAAUUCAGCAACAGAACUGGGAAAGAAAUCGAAAUAUGAGAAAUUAUUCCACUGUGCCUUUUUCUCAAACAGUAUGAUACAUCAUCUAACAUCUGUCAAUGGACUGGACAGAGUAAUGAAUGAAAGAUGCUUACUGAUAUGUGAAACGGCAAGAUUCAUACUUGAUUUGAGAAAAGAGAACAAAGAUGAAUAUCUUAAGAAAGUAAUGCAAAUGGCUUUGGCCAUUGGAUUUAAGUCAUCUCAAGUCGAAACAGAUGCUAGCAAUACUCUGUUGUUCACACUAUCAUGAUAAUUGCCAUCAUUAGCACUCCUUAUCACUUAUUGUUACUAAUAUGACAAUUUAUUAUUAUUAUUCAAAAAAAUAAAAUUAUGAUGAUACAGACAAA